UGCAGACGGGUCCCCUUCGUCCCCCGCCAGUUCUUGUUAUUUGUUUCCCGAGAAGCCUGUGGAUUCCUUAAUUUACACUUUCACUCAACCGCUCGUCAGUCAUCACAGCUUGUGCGCUCUCUCCAAGAAGAAAGUAGCUUUUGUUUCCUCUCGGCUCCGCGUAUGAAGAGCAGCCAGCUUCCGGCAGGAAGGAUCUUCGUUUCCUCACUUCUUCAGCAAUGGUGAUUCCCACUUGCCGUCUGGUCGACACCUUGAUGACCUGCGGUGUAGCCUCCAGUGGAUUAACUCGGCAGCCGUGGCGGACUGCGAACCAGGCUCCUUUGAGAGCGGCUUCCGUUCGUGGCUCCCCACUGAGCUCGCUGUCACAAUCGAACUGCUCGUUUGGUUUGAAUCUCAAUGGCGAUCGUUCCCCGUUUGCUGCUGGACCCCGGAAGUCUACCGUCGUGAUUGGCUGCGGGAAGACGAUCGAAGAUGAUCCAUCCGUCAGCGAGACUGGGGACGACACCGAGGACCAGAAGGUUUCGAGGGUUCGUCCAAAAGUGCCCGAGCGUGACUUUACAGGCACGGCCUAUGUGCCUGUGUACGUGAUGUUACCACUCAAUGUCAUAGACAUGAAUUGCCAGUUGGUGGAUCCUCAAGGUCUUACCAACGAUAUGAAGAUCUUGAAAUCAGCUGGUGUUGAUGGAGUUAUGGUGGACUGCUGGUGGGGAAUAGUGGAAGCUGAAGCUCCACAGGCGUAUAACUGGAGUGGCUAUAAGGAACUUUUCAAGAUUGUGCGUGAUCUCAAUCUUAAACUUCAGGUUGUUAUGUCGUUUCAUGAAUGCGGGGGUAAUGUCGGGGAUGAUGUUUUUAUUCCUCUUCCUCGUUGGAUCAUACAAAUCGGCGAAACCAAUCCUCAUAUAUAUUUCACUGAUAGAGAAGGCAGGCGCAAUAGUGAGUGCCUCACAUGGGGUAUUGAUAAGGAGCGGGUUUUAAAAAGCAGAACUGCUCUCGAGGUUUAUUUCGACUACAUGAGGAGCUUCAGAGUAGAGUGUGAUGAAUUUUUCCAGGAUGGAGUCAUCUCUGAAAUUGAAGUGGGACUGGGUCCAUGUGGAGAGUUACGGUAUCCUUCAUAUCCAGCAAAGCAUGGUUGGACAUAUCCUGGCAUUGGUGAAUUCCAGCAGAAAUCCGGGGACAUUCGUUUUGGGCAAGAGCUCCAGACAAUGCAGGCUCUUAUACAUCUGGACCCCAUGAGGCUGGGUUUUUCCGUGACGGUGGUGACUUCGAUAGUCACUAUGUUGUCAGGGAUCCAUUGGUGGUACAAAACUGCUAGUCACGCAGCUGAAUUAACUGCUGGAUUCUACAAUCCUUCAAACCGUGAUGGGUAUGCUCCCAUUGCAGCAAUGUUGAAGAAGCAUGGAGUGACUCUUAACUUCACUUGUUUUGAGAUGCGCACACUGGAUCAAUAUGAGGGAUUUCCCGAGGCAUUGGCAGAUCCUGAGGGGUUAGUGUGGCAGGUACUGAAUGCUGCAUGGGAUGUUUCUUUGCCAGUAGCCAGCGAGAACGCUCUUCCUUGCUACGACAGAGAAGGCUACAACAAGAUUUUAGAAAAUGCAAAACCACUGCACGAUCCAGACGGUAGGCACUUAUCCGCCUUCACUUAUCUCAGGCACAGUGCAGUCCUUAUGCAGAGGCAUAACUUCGAAGAGUUUGGCAGAUUCGUCAAGAGAAUGCAUGAUAAUGCUCCGGAGAGUUGCUUAUCCGAGCUGACGAGGCCUAGGUUCGUGGAGGAUAAUGGAGAAGGCGAUGAAACUGAAGAUAUGCAAAAGCUGAUUGUAACUAGCGAGGAAGAUGAUGAAGAAGGAGACGGAACAGAUAUGGACGUCAAAGAGGAAGACGGUGAUAGUGAAAACAGGGCAAAACACAUUGCUGAUCAAGCAAUGGUAGGGGUUGAAGCGGGAAUGCUAUCUGAUAGUUUUGACGAUCAGUUUCAGUAUCAUCAUGAAGUUCAAGACCAGGUGAGUACCCCAGGAGGAGGAAGUGGUGGUCGGAAGUGUAGGCCACUUGAAGAGAAAGAGAGGACCAAGCUGAGAGAGAGGCACCGAAGGGCGAUCACUGCAAGGAUCCUAGCCGGGUUAAGAAGACACGGAAACUAUAAUCUUAGAGUUAGAGCAGAUAUCAACGAUGUAAUUGCUGCCUUGGCCAGGGAAGCUGGAUGGGUUGUUCUCCCAGAUGGAACUACCUUUCCCUCAAGAUCUCAGGGCUCAAGGUCUGUGGGAGGUCCUUCUGCAGCAGCUACACAGACGUCUUCCCAUCAAAGCCCACAACAGGAACCUCCUCCUUCCCUCAAAGGAAUUUCCCCUGGUUAUCCGACUUCGGUGGAAUAUAAUUCAGGUCAAAUGAAAGGUCUACUUGUGCCCUCUCCAUCACCUUAUGAUUUAUCUGCAGGCGCUCAUCCACAAACUUCAGUGAUGAUGGGCGAUGGUGUAGACACACCACGGAUCCAGCCUCUCACUGCUGGUACUGUAGAUACCAUCAAUGUUAAGCAGAUUGUUGAUGUAUAUCCAAAGCUCUCAGAGCGAGAGUUUGCGGGCUCUGCUUAUGUACCAGUUUAUGUGAUGCUACCACUGGGUGUCAUGAAUAUGAAAUGUGAGCUAGCUGAUCCAGAUGGUCUAUUACAGCAGCUGAGGGCACUAAAAUCAGCUGAUGUUGAUGGUGUCAAGGUUGACUGCUGGUGGGGAAUAGUGGAGGCUCACGCCCCGCAGGAGUAUAACUGGCAUGGUUACAAGAAGCUUUGUCAGAUAGUGCGUCAACUUAAGCUCAAGUUACAGGUCAUCAUGUCAUUUCAUGAAUGUGGAGGCAAUGUUGGUGAUGAUGUUUGUAUUCCAUUGCCACAUUGGGUGGCAGAAAUAGGUCGGAGUAACCCUGACAUAUUUUUCACUGACAAAGAAGGAAGACGCAACCCUGAAUGUCUCUCCUGGGGAAUCGACAAGGAAAGGGUACUAAGAGGCCGAACUGCUGUUGAGGUAUACUUUGACUACAUGAGAAGUUUCCGGGUACACUUUGAUGAAUUCUUUGACGAAGGUGUCAUCUCCAUGGUUGAAAUUGGGCUUGGGCCCUGUGGUGAACUCCGAUACCCUUCUAAUCCUGUAAAGAAUGGUUGGAGAUAUCCUGGGAUUGGUGAAUUUCAGUGUUAUGAUCAGUAUUUGAUGCGAAGUCUGAGGAAGGCAGCUGAAGCAAGGGGACACCCAUUUUGGUCUAGAGUGCCAGAUAAUUGUGGUUCUUAUAACUCGCAGCCGCAUGAAACAGGCUUUUUCUGUGAUGGUGGAGACUAUGAUGGCUAUCAUGGGAGGUUCUUCCUUAAUUGGUACUCCCAGAUUUUAGUUGAUCAUGGUGAUCUAGUGCUUUCGCUGUCCAAAUUGGCUUUUGAAGGCACCUGCACUGCGGCAAAGCUACCAAGUAUUCAUUGGUGGUACAAGACAGCUAGCCAUGCUGCAGAGUUAACUGCCGGAUUCUACAACUCUUGCAAUCGUGAUGGCUAUGCUGCAAUUGUCGCAAUGCUGAAGAAGCACGGGGCUACUCUAAAUUUCUGUUUCUCUGAUCUGGGGGUGUUAAAUCAACAACCUAUGGAUUUCGCUGAUGGAUAUGUCGAUUCUGAUGGAUUAUUUUGGCAAGUUUUGAAUGCUGCCUGGGACGUUUCCAUACAGAUAGUCAGCGAGAGUGUGUUCCCUUGUCAUGAUCGACUAGCCUACAACAAGAUACUGGAUAAUGUGAAACCAUUGAACGAUCCAGAUGGAAGACAUCCUCUGUCAUUUACGUACCACAGACUCAAUUCAGUUCUGAUGGAUAGAUACAAUUUUCUGGAAUUCCAACGUUUCGUCAAAAGAAUACAUGGAGAAGCAGUUGUGGAAAUGCAGGUACAAGUGUAAAUUAGCCGUGACAGUGGCACUGAAAUGUGUGGCCAGACUCCCAUCAGGAGAAUUGAAUUGGUUUGGCUAGAAGGCCCAUCUAUGUAAUGUAGCACAAGAAUAUAGUAGCUGUGUAAAAAUGUAAAUGACGUAGCAAAGUGCAAGGAAGCACCAAAAACACUUGCACUUUUGACCUUAAAUUUACUCUUAUUGAUUGAUGGCUAGAUAAUAUUAUUUGGUUGAAUACAGUUUGUUUAUAUAUAAC